AUGUGUCUGCCGCCCAAUCAGACGCUGUUCCACCCGAGCCAGUACCUGGACAUCGCCACCAUGGGGGAUGUGCCCGCGCACACCGGGGGCGCCGUCUACAAGUACAGCAACUUCCAGGUGGAGACCGACGUGGAACACUUCUUGAGGGACCUGAGGAAGGAUGUGGAGAAGCCCAUCGGGUUUGACGCCAUCAUACGCGUCCGCACCAGCACAGGCUUCCGGGCGACGGACUUCUUCGGCGGCGUGUACAUGAACAACACGACGGACGUGGAGCUGGCUGCAGUGGACUGUGACCACGCCAUCACCGUGGAGCUGAAGCACGACGACACGCUCAGCGAGGAGACGGGCGCCUUCAUGCAGUGUGCCUUGCUCUACACCACGGUCGGGGGCCAGAGGCGUCUGCGCGUCCACAACCUCAGUCUGAACUGCAGCUCCCAGCUGAUGGAGCUGUUCAAGAGCUGCGAGACGGACUCGCUCAUCAACUUCUUCGCCAAAACAGCCUACCGCGCCAUCCUGAAGCUAACAACUGUUUAUCACAAAGCGUCAUCAAUGCCGGAGUUCUCUGCCAACUCUAAUCUGAGAGACUGUAACCCCGACAGCGCCCUGGCCACCGACCCACCCGGAGCUGUGUUGUUGGGGAUAAAAGUACCACAUGUCGUCCCUAUCAUCUGA